UUGAUACAGUAAAGAUGUCUACAACAGAGAAAGUCGAAGAAAAACUCAGCAAGUUGCCGUUCGUGAAUUAUGUCAAACAAAGAUUUAACCUGGGUGAAUACAACCCCGAAGACAAACGCAGAGCAAUCGUACAGAAAUCUGGCCAUUAUAGGGUGAAAUAUACAGGACUGAAAGAAUAUCGUGCCAAGUUCCUCCAAGAUCUAUACAUCACUCUCAUAGACUUGAAAUGGCGAUACGCGCUUGCCGUGCUUUUCAACGUUCAUCUUUUAUCUUAUUUCUUUUUUGCUAUUAUGUGGUACUGGAUGAUGUUCAAUCACGGAGAUUUCGACCACGUCAACGAUCCGAAGUGGGAAUCCUGUGUCAAUGGCGUCAACAGCUUCGCUGAUGCUAUGCUAUUUUCAAUAGAAACCCAGACGACAAUCGGAUACGGUUUUGCCUAUCCUAACACAGACUGUGGUGGCGCUCUCCCCCUGCUUUUUGUACAGAUCACUGUUGGCAUAUUUCUAGAAAAUGUUCUGCUUGGUUUUAUUUUUGUAAAAUUUGCUCAGCCCAAGCGUCGUCGAAAGACCAUCAUGUUCAGCAAAUUUGCAUGCGUUUCACAAGAGGAAGGGGAUCUUUGUCUACAAAUACGAGUUGGAGACAUGCGACAGAGUCACCUUAUUGAUGCCAAGGUACACGGAAUCCUCAUCAAAAGACACGUGACCCGAGAGGGUGUAGCAUAUCCCCUGUUUCAGCAUGACGUCCAUUUCCAGGCCAACAACAUGGGGGAAACAAUAAUGCUAAUGUGGCCGCUCAUUCUCAAUCAUAAAAUUACCAAGGACAGUCCUUUUUGGGCCAUAAAACCCUCCGACUUGUCGUCAGAGGAAUAUGAACUUGUUGUUUGUAUAGAGGGGACUCUUGAAACAACUGGCGAGUUCUGCCAGGCUAGAACGUCAUACUUACCUUCAGAAAUCCUCUGGGGUCAUCGAUUUGAUCGUAUUGAAGAAUUCGAUGCAGGAAAUGGUAGAUGGGAAAUUGACUUCUCCGGGUUUAACGAUGUUGUAUACAUUACUAACAUCAGACAUAGCGCCAAAGAGCUGAAUCCCUACCGAGAAUUUAGAAUGUCAAAGGACGAAAGGGAGACAACUGAAGGAAAAAGUAUGUCCAUAAGUCUGCAGUCCGUGGCCUAUGAUCUACCACCCGAGUAUCCUAGCGCCUCUAAUUCUACAGAAUAUCAAAAAGCCGGGAGCCCAAAACUUCUAACCCGGGGGCUUAGUCAGAUGGACGAAUUGGAACGAAGUAGACUAUCUCUUGAAAUGGAAGGAGAGAAACGUGAAAAAGAAUUAUCUGAAAUACAAGCCAAUGGCAAAACUACGACACCAGAAGCAAAAGAAACUACAACGGAAGAGCAAACCCCAGUGGAUCAUGAUCUAGGGGACGGGGAACCGAUAAUUAAUGAUCCGCCCGAAUCUGAUGUCUCUGAUGUCGACACUAUCGGACAUGAUGACGCAGAGGAGGAGGAAAACUUCCAUGACGUGGCUUCUUCGUGAUGGCGGGAAACACUGACUUUCGGUUCUAGAAUUAACUAAGAAUUUUAGCUUUAUUUCAAGCGGAUCGUAUUUGUACAUGUAAAUUAUACAUGCAUCCAGUAAUCUACAAAUAAAACAAUCUUGU